AUGUUUUUACUAUUUUUUACAGUUUUCAGUCAAUCCUUUACAUUCAUAGAUUAAACAAGUAAGUUUAUACUUUGUAAUUUUAAGACUUUUAUAAAAAAUUAGAACCUGAGACUAAUUUUUAUUCUGAAACAGGUUACAUAAAAGUGGACACAAUAAAUGAUGGAAAUAAUAAAUUUUUCUAUCAUUUAUUUUUAAAAGAUGGCGUUAUGAGCAUAAGUGAAGUUAAAGAGAAUGAUAAUUUUAUUUUGUGGUUACAUGGUGGUCCUGGCUAUUCUUCUCUAAUAUAAAUAUUUUAAAAUGUUGGACCUUUCCAAAUCUAUAAAAUUGAUGAUAAUAACUACUCUGUAAAGAAAGCAUUGAAUACUUGGAAUUCAGUAGCUCAUAUAAUUUUUAUUGAUUAACCAUUUGAUGUUGGAUUGAGCUAUUCUUAACCAACAAUCAGUGUAGAAAGCUCAGAAUAAGCAGCUUUAUAUUUAGUUGAUUUUUUUAGGAUAUUUUUUUAAGAAAGAAAAGAAUUUAAAAAAACAAAAUUUUAUUUAUUUGGAGUAAGUUAUAGUGGUCAUUAUAUACCAGCUAUUGGAGUUGCAUUAACAAAAUCUAAUUUAUAAAUAAACUUUUAAGGCAUAGCUUUUGGAAAUGGUUGGUCAGAUGCUUUUCUUUAAUACUAAAGUUAUGCACCUUUUUUAUACACUUUGGGUUUAUAUGAUGAAUAAUAAAAAACAUAUACAUAAAACUUAAUGUCAAAGGCAUAAAAUUAUGUACUUAAUGAAGAAUAUCUUAAAUCAACUUAAUAAGGAUUUUUUGCUAUUUUUGAUAUUUUAACUAACUUUACAGGAUAAGUUAGUUCUCAUGAUUUUCAGAAAUAUUUAAAUGAAGUCUAGCCUGAAGAGUUAUAUUCAGGUUUUAUCAAUUAAUAUAAAUAAUAAUUUGGAGUCCCUGAUGAAAUUACUUAUAUUGAUUGGAACAAAAAUAUAAUUAAAAACUUUCAAGUUGAUAUAUCCAAAUCACAAAAAAAAAAUUUAGAAUAUUUAUUAAAUAUUGGAAAAAAAGUUUUAAUUUAUUAAGGAUCUAGAGAUAUUAUCUGUAAUACUCCAUCAAUGAAUUAUAUUAUAAAUAAAUUAAAUUGGAAAGAUAUCAAUGAAUGGAAAAAGUAACCAAAAAAGACUUUUAAAUCUAAAAAUAGAGAAUUGGGAGACAAUGAAACUGCUGGCACAAUUAAGAUAUUUUAAAAUUUUUAUUAUGCUACUUUAUAUAAUGCAGGGCAUUUUGUUUAAUAAGAUUUACCAAUAGCAACGUUAAAAAUGGUAACAAAUUUUUUAAAUGAUGAAUAAAAUUGGGAUUGA